AGGAAGGACGAUACCUCAGAGAUAUUAAUGUACGUGACUAGUAGUUUCUAAUAACUGAAUUCCUAUGAGAAACACUAAUAAGCGCGACCCUAGCUUGUGUAAAAAGACCUUUGAAACCUUUGUAACUUCCGGUUUGCUGUCACUCCGAAACGGAAUUCGCCCCGAACGCACCAGCGCAAUGACGUCACCAACUCGGUUCAGUCCUGGGAAUAUUUGGUCGGUUAAGGCAAAACCGAAAGCAAGCUCUGCUGAGCUAUUGAUGUAGGAACAAAUGGACUUGCAGCUACACAGAUUUACACUGAAUUGAGACUUCUCUCCUAGACUGCUGGAUAGUGCUGAAAAAAUGAAUGAAGGGGAUACGAACCAGCCUAUGGACGAUGACAUAAGACAGCAUAAUCUGCCAAAGAAAAGCAACAACGGUGAAGAUGCAGACAGUGGUAAUUCUGAAGAAGAAGAAGAAGAAGAGUGUUACACAGAUGAUGGCAUAGAUGAAAGAAGUCAGGACGAGGACUGUGGUGUUGCUUCUUCAGAAAUAAACCAGAGAGUGAAGAGCUCACAAAAGAAACAUGUUAAACGACUGGACAUUGAGGAACCUGAGGACACUGAUACAAGAGUGCAUAACCAACAGAAGGAGAGUAAGAAAGACACAGCUGGAGUCAGUGGUCAGUCUGAUGCGGAACGAGAGGACCUCGACACAACAGAUGGGAAGUGCAUCAAAGGCAAGAAUGAAAACAAUGAAGUGCCACAUGCUGGGGAGGGCCCAAGACUGAGGAGGUCCAAUAAGAAACAAAAAAUAGCACAUCUGGGUGAAGGUGACAUUCGUGGUCAUGUUGAAACAGAAAGGAGCCCAGUUGCUGCUGAUACUUCCAGGUGGUACAUAUUACUUCUGAUAUUACUUUUUCUGCUUGCUGUUGUGGUUUUCUGGUUCCUGAGAACCCCAUCUCCACCCUUGCAAAAAGAGUUGAACUUGCUGGAGGUGUUCUCUCAAGAAAUGGACAAGGUCCAAGCCAGUUUCCCCAGCCAGCACCGUGAACUGUGGAGGAGAAGCAGGAUCCACCUCCAGAGACAUCUCAGUCUGACCGAUCCAACUGAACCAGUGAGUCUCAUCCUAACCUCUGGUCGUGGGGCUGAGAAGUCUCUGGGCUGUCUUGCUCAUCAGUUAGCUGCAGCGUUUUCUAACGCUCUCAACUCCUCAGUCCUGGGUAUUUAUGGGACCACUAAAAGUGCACAAGACAGCGACCUGGUUAAGUUGGACAUUGAUAUAGCGUUGAAAGAGGCCUUUGAAGGCGGCACACAGGCAGCCGUUAUUCACCGUUUUGAAGAGCUUCCUCCAGGAUCUACACUCAUCUUCUACCGCUACUGUGAUCAUGAGAAUUCUGCUUUUAAGAAAGUCUUUUUGAUUUUCACUGUCAUGCUACAGGAAGAUAUGGAUUUCCCACCUAAUGUCAGUCUGGGAAUGGUGGAGGAAGUGGUGCAAGAGUAUUUAAAAGAGAAGUUUGUCUCCUCUGACAGGACGGCUAGGUUUAACCAGAUGGAUUUAGACAAGCUAAGUGGGUUGUGGAGUAGAAUCUCCCAUCUCAUCCUACCGGUAGCUGCAGAGCAGAAGAUUGAACAGCACGGCUGUCAAACAUAAAGGUGACUUUCUGUGAACUAAACUGGAGGCUUAUAGUUAAUGUACAGAAGUGGUGGGGGAAAUCUACAGGGAUCUACUGAUUCAUAGUUUCAACAUGUGUGUGUGUGUGUGUGUGUGUGUGUGUGUGUGUGACUGAUAAUACUUGAAUUAAUUUGAAAAUAUGCCUUAAGGUGACAGAUUAAAGUUUUUAUAGCUUGAAAUUAUAUAAGGUUGAGGAAUUUUUAAUGAAUCAUUAGAAGAUAUGUCAUUUGAAAUAUUGCAAUGGAUCUGGCUAGUUUAAUCAUUUCUGGCUUCUGACUACAUUUUUCUACACAGCUCUUUUACCCUGAAAGGCGAUUCAGAAGGCAUAAGAAGUGUUAGGAGCAUGUGGAAGGCUAAUCAAUGUUUUCAUUGCAGUUGCACUUCACCUUGCAGGCAGCAACGAGCUCAACAAAUUACAAACUGCUCCUAUGUGGGAAGAAAUGGCACUGUAAAUGGACUAUUAUUCACUGAAAAUAUUUGGAGCAGUUAGCUGUCUUAAUAUGUAAAAUAACAUGACUAGAUUUGAAAUAAAAGAAUAAACAUUUUAAUUGUUUAAUUUCACUUGAUCGUUGAUUUUGUUUCUGCGGGGUAAAUUAAUAAAUGCAACUUUUUAUUUUACAAUAUAUGCCUCAAAUUACUAAAUGAAUUAUAUGUAUGUGAUUUGGAUAUUUGGUUGAUGAUGACCAUAGAAUCAUUUUCAUACCAAAACUCACACUGUUACAGCAAUGCAACAAGUUUGAUUAAUUUCUAAAAUACAAUGCAUAAAACUUAAGUGAAAAAGGCAAAAGUAGCAUCCAUCUCUAAUGUCAUUCCUACAGCAGAAGCAGUUUUAUAAAAAUGAUUGUAUUUUUGUUCAAGAAAUCUUAUUUUAUCCUUGUAUAAAUAAAUGUAUAAAUAAACCCAUGUCUGGAUUCA